UAAUCCAUGCUCAUACGAUAACGCGAGGUCUUUACGAAGACCCCGUAAUCGAACGGCAACAAAAGUAUGCCGGCAUUCUCUUCAGGCGGUUUCGGCGAGCAGAUUGAGGAAUAUCAAGUGUUGAAUUUACUUGGAAAGGGCGGUUUCGCCAGUGUCUAUAGGGCGAAAUGCCUCCGCACCGGCAUAGAAGUUGCGAUCAAAAUGAUCGACAAAAAGCUGAUGCAAGCAGCAGGGAUGGUGGGUAGGGUGAGACAAGAGGUGGCUAUCCAUUCCCGUCUUAAACAUCCUGCAGUCUUAGAGCUUUAUACAUUUUUUGAAGAUCAAAAUUAUGUUUACUUAGUUCUAGAGCUAUGCCAUAAUGGAGAACUGCAGAGAUAUUUUAAAGAGCAAGGUUCUAAAGCUCUCAAUGAACAAGAUGCAGGACGCAUUAUUCAGCAGGUUGUACAAGGUUUACUAUACCUGCACUCCCAUCAAAUUCUUCAUAGAGAUAUGUCCCUAUCAAAUUUAUUACUGACUCGUGAUAUGCAAGUUAAAAUAGCAGACUUUGGACUAGCAACUCAAUUAUCUCGCCCUGAUGAAAAGCACCUGACAAUGUGUGGAACACCUAAUUUCAUAUCCCCAGAGGUUGCUACAAGAUCGUCUCAUGGAUUAGAGGCUGAUGUCUGGAGCUUAGGUUGUAUGUUAUACACUCUAUUAGUCGGUAAACCACCUUUUGAUACGGAUGCAGUAAAAAGUACUUUGACUCGAGUUGUGAUGGCAGAUUAUGAAAUGCCACUACAUUUAUCAGACAGUGCCAAAGAUCUUAUAGAGAGAUUACUGAAAAAAAAUCCAAAAGAUAGGAUUCGAUUACGUGACAUCAUUAAACAUCCAUUCAUAACGUCAUUAGAUAAGCAUCGAAAAAACGACAAAAUAGGCUUCGCGCGGCUAUCAGGUAAUAACGUAGACUCGGGUCUAGGUCGAACCUUAUCCUCGUGCGGUCGACCACGUAUACGCUCACGCUCCGAAGAACGAGCAACUAGUACGCAGAUGAUGUACAACGGGUACGGAACUGCGGUCAGCGUCAGGAGUGAGCCCCUCAUGGAGCCAUCUUCCUCGAGCAUUCAAGUCUCAUAUCACAGGAGGUACUCAUCUCAUCACGACAACAGGGAGGACUCGGUGCUGUACGGGAUUCCACUGCCACUUCCACCCUGCGGUAGUCGAGUCUUUUCGAAUUAUGAAACGCCAAACAGGAUGAGUCAAAGCGAGCAGAAAGAAGACGAACAAAGACAAGAGAUGGUGGCCAUACCGGCAACGGUAGCCCGUAGUAGCAGUAAUCACCGGCAAAAAGAAGAAAAUGGUCAGGAUGAACCCGAAGAGUCAUCCAGUGGGAAGCUGCAGGUGCCAGCUUUGUGUUCGUUAAGACUUCAACCGACCCGACAUCGAACGAAAAGUGCCAUACUUACAAUAUUAGGCAACGGCGAAGUUUGCAUUGAAUUUUUAAAGAAAAAAAACAAUUUCGAGCGCAUAAGCGAAGUGUGCAGGAUAUCGAGCGACGGCUUGCGCAUCAUCCUUUACAAGCCGACAGAGAUACUAGAAGUAGGUAACCAGCCGCCACCCUUACCACCACGCGGUGCCGACAACAUACACUCGUACGAGAGUCUACCAACCAAGCAUCACCGCAAAUAUAUGUACGCAGCGCGUUUCAUUAGCCUCGUUAGAGCGAAGACACCCAAGAUCACCCUUUACACGAGCAAAGCUAAGUGCCUAUUUAUGGAGAACGGACCACACCCGGACUGCGAGACGUUAUUUUAUAACGGGAUGAAGGUAAUCCGCGUAAAUGAAGUGGUAAAAAUGAUCGAGAAAUCGGGCCAGUCUUAUGUAGAAGGCGAGGUGCCGGCAGACCUUGAGGAGUACUACGAUCAUUACGUCGACUGUUAUAAGCGUUGUUUGCUGCUGGAUUCGACGCUGGCUUCGCUCGAAACCGCCACCGGUCACUCAUACUUUCCCGCAAUAAUUGGCCGUAAGCCCAUAGUGCCUCUCAAUGACAUCGCAAUGCCUUUGCAGGGCAAGGAAAAUGUGACGCGAAGUCCUUCCAGUCCACCCGUGAUGCCUUCGUUUGAUGCAACGUGUUCUAUGGUCUCAACUAUAAAUUCGCGCUCGAGAAGAUCCAACUCAGUUAGAGUUUCACAAUCUAAAGCAAUCAAAGUCAAUGUUCCCGGAAUUGGUACAGCAACUCAAACGCCUUCUGGUGACAUUAGAGUCGAUUAUAAGGAUGGCUCUGCACUCACUGUCACUCCUCAAAAUUAUGGGGGUGGGAUACUAUACGAGAAUCCAAACGGUGGUUUUCUACGAUUCAACCAAAAUCAACAUCAGGUAGCAGAAAUGCCAUCGAUAGUUAAAGAAAAACUUCGUCACUUGCCCAACAUAGUUAAGGUUUUAGUGACGCCAUCGCAUAAAAAUAUAAGAUAGAAAAUACAGAAGACACACAGAAAUGAAUUAUCCUAAACAUACUAAAGACACUCUUGUACUUCCUUUAUUUUAUCUAAAUUUAAUUUCUACAUUAGGACACAUAUCUUUAAGUAGAUAUUAAUA